AUGGAGCUGGACAACGGCCGUGACGGAAAGCUGUAUCUCGAGACCGAAAGCGUCGACGGAGAAGCACACGGGAAAGACAAAGUAGCAUCAUCGCCUGCGGAGUGGGCGGCGGCGACGGUGAAGCAUGACGGCGAGCAGGAGGGGGAACUUGGGGAAACGAGAGCUGAAAAGCUUGAAGCAAAAAUAGUCGACAAGGUGGAUUCGAUAGAGCAGAGGGAAGCGCCGGGCAAACCGGGAAGCGUUGAAACGCCGCCGCCGGAACGACUUCUCGCCGAGGCUGCCAGGACCAUCCAAAAGGCGGUGAGCGGCGCGGUUCUUCGACGACGGUCCAGUGGGGAAAAGGGAGUAGUAGAAGGUGGAGAGGGAGAACGCAGGAAGACAUUACCAGAAUUGUUUCUGUUGGACCGGGACAGGAGUGAGUGUCAGGCGCUGACGGAGAGGGGUCUGGGCCGCGAACAGCAGGGAGGUUUGACCCUGGGCACGGAAAGCGUAGCUGUUCCUGUUUCGGAGGAAGUGCGUACUUCUGCCGACGCUGUCGCCAAGGAACGCCGCACCCGUGCGCGCGAGGCAAUCAAUCGCCACGUUCUAGCAGCCUCCGCCAUUCGCACCUGGAUCGCUCGCGCGUGCUUGGCGCGACGACUCCGCCGAAGGCGUCGCGUCCGAGAUGACCUCAAGGUCCGGUGGGAGCCUGAGAUCCACCGAAUAGCGGCGACUCGGAUACAGGCGUUGGCGCGAGGGGCGGCGGGGCGGCGGGUGCGGGGGAAGGUAGAGCGGGCGGCGGUCGAGAUCCAGCGGGUUGAGAGAGGGCGGAGGGGACGUUCGGCGGCGAAUGAGCUUGCUCGCAAGAGCCUUGAGGAGCGCAGUGCGUCGUGCGAGGAUAUCCAGAGGUUGUUCCGGGGUCACCAGGGUCGUCAGCAAGCUCUGAAGAAGAGGCAAAUUGCUCGGGAGGAGGACAUGGCGCGCCAGGGCGCGGCGGGAGUGCUGCAGGGGGCUUGGCGUUGCCGCCCGAGCAGACGCCAGCUCGUCCUGCAACAGCAGCAGGAGCAGGAUCACACCGGAAAGGAAAGUGCCACAGAAUCAUCGUUAGAAGGCGUAGUUUUGCCUUCCAUGACACCUGCGGCCGGUGCAAAGCACAACCCUUCAGCCGAGGAGCCACCUCGCCAGCAGCUGUGGCAAGGAGCUGGAACGAGUGGUGCAGUAUAUAGCUUAUGGGGCGCGUUCACCUCUCUGGUGGCGACAGCAGCGACCCGUCGCGUCGUGCGUAGAGCCGUCGGCCGGGCUCUCUUUUCUCCGGCGGUCGCCACACUUGCCGCUUUCAACAGAGGCUACCGCAGCAUCUUGUCGUCGACGUUACCGACGUCACCGUCAUCGAGUAAACGAAUGAUUACUCCACCCGACCCGGCGUCUUUCGACUGUGCGCUGAGAACCAAGACGAAGCUGGCCCUGGCCACCCGUAGGAUGGCCGGGGCGGUACGCGCGCGCACAAGCUCGAUCUUGGCCGUUCGAUCCGUGGCUAGGAGUUUAUUGGAUGGUGUCCACGGUGACGGUGAAAGGGGGGCUACUGCUGCUGCUGCUGCGGGGACUGGUUGUGGUGGUGGCGCCACGGAAGACGACGAGAGGCGGGGAGGCGGGACGACGAAGAGGGUUGCUGAAGAGACUGUGUCUGUGGUGUUGGAGAUGGCUCAGGAAUGCCUGGAAGCCCUCAGCAGCCUGCACGAUGAUAAUCCAUUGGCUGGGCUAAGUGAUGGAGCGUUCGCGGAACGGUUGACGAUGGUUUUCUCGGGCACGCUUGAGAGCUUAGUAGACCACCUGGGUGAGAUGGAAGCGUUGAACAUGGCGCGUGGACAAGAAGGGAAAACGAGUACGGUCAUUGGUGGUGACGACGGGAGUGGGAGUCUUCUGGCCUGUCUCACCCAUGAUCGGCAUGAUCCCUCUCUCCGACGACCCCUUGUCCUCCCCGCGGGGCUUCUCGGAGCGCUUGCUUCAUCUGCGACGGCGUCUCUGCUGUCCCACCCUGACAUCUUCGAGCUCGUCGGUCAGAAUCUCAGCCAUGACGAGGAAAACUCGAGUGGUGGUAGUGUUAUUGAUCGCCCGCGCAGUGGUGAGUGGGAUGGGAACGGUGGGGAACGAAGCAACGACGAGGACUGCUAUUCUCGACUCGUGGCGGAAGCGUACUGCACCUUCCUACUCGUUUCGAGGAACGGUGAAGGCCGUGGCGGCGGUGACAGCGACAACGGCGACGGUGCCAAGCUGUCCGAGGGCGAGACUUCCGAGCCCGGUUGUCAACAACCUGAGAAGGGCGGCGAAGGAAAGAUCUCGAUCACGGCUACGAGAAGGCCGCAACAACCUUCUUCUUCGCCGUCGCCUACUACGCUGACGAACGGGCGUUUGCAAUUCUUGCGGUCGAUCACUGAGCUGAUCGACCGCGCUGCGGAAGAGAUAGUGCGCGGUGUGGACUCGUGUGCUCGUCUUGGCGGUGGCAAGUGCUUCGACGACGACGUCCGCCGAAUGACGAACGAUCUGUGGAGGCUGGCCCGACGUCGAAUGACACCGUCUGCCGCCGUCCGCGACGACGAAGACGAAGACGCGGAAAUCAAGCGGAUGACUCGCGCCGCGAUCGUUAUUCAACGAUGCUCUAGACGAUACCAAGCACGAAAGCCUAGAUAA